UUUUAAAAGGGGUACGCUAGAAAUUUAGGGUUUGUGGAGCGUUUUGGGAGGGCGCCCUUGAUCGCUCUCCGGAUCAUCGAUUCCAGCGCGCGGCGGCGAGGGAUCGUCACAGAAUGUCGACGCUUGCGGCAGCCCGAGCUGAUAAUUUCUACUUCCCUCCAGAAUGGACGCCCAAACAGGGAUCUCUCAACAAAUUCCAAGGCCAGCAUCCCCUCAGAGAGAGGGCGAGGAAGAUCGACCAGGGAAUUCUGGUCAUCCGAUUCGAGAUGCCUUUCAACGUGUGGUGUGGUGGAUGUCACUCGAUGAUCGCCAAAGGUGUCCGGUUUAACGCGGAGAAGAAGCAAAUUGGAAAGUACUACACGACCAAGAUAUGGAGUUUCUCGAUGAAAGCAGCAUGUUGCAAGCACGAGAUAGAGAUCCACACCGAUCCCAAAAACUGCGAGUACGUGAUCGUCAAGGGAGCCGAGAGAAAAACGGAGACUUACGAUGCGGCUGAUGCUGGCUCGCUCGUUGUAGCAACCGGAGAAGACAGGGAGAAGUUGACGGAUCCUUUUGCCAAACUGGAGCACGACGAAGAGGACAUUCUCAAGGGAAAGGAAUCGGCGAAGCAACUGAUGCUCUUGCAGAAGCAGUCGGAUAUCAAGCACGGAAACGACUACUCCGUCAACAGAGCUCUUCGAGCGCAGCUAAGGGAUCAAAAAAAGAGGGUGGCCUUGGAAGAGGCGCACUCGAAGAAGCUGGGCAUUGGAAUCAGGCUGCUCCCAGCGUCCGAGGACGACGCACAAGCAGCGGGGAGCGUUCGUUUCGCGCAGAAAUUCGACAAGAACAGGAGAGACAAGAGAGCGGCGAUCCGCGCCACCUCGAUCUUCUCGCAGAGCGGCGCCUAUGGAUUGCCACCGGCAGGCAGCGAUCAGAAGCUCCAGCUCCUGGCCAAGCGGCGGAAGAUCCAGGCCGCGGAGGCUCAAAGCUUACUGCGCGGAAGAAUCAAGGCUUCGUCGCUGGCGGCCCAGAGAUCAUAGCAGAGCAAAGCAAAGUUCGUGGCAAGUAAAGUUUUCUUUCGUUUUUACCAACUGAGCGUGGAUUUCCAAUAGGAGAAAAGGUGGCGAUGAAAGAGCUUAGAGGUAAACCCUUGUAAAAAUUGUAAUAGAUCAGCUCUUCCGCUUGAGAGUUUCUUACCUUCAACUUUACGUAAAAAGUGAAAAUUGUUAUCGGUUCCA